AUGUCAACACGCAAAUCCAGCCGCGCAACCAAAGCGGUAAAAUACACAUCCGCAUCCGAAGGCUCGGAUUUCGAGGACAAGAAGCGAAAGCCCAGGAAGACAACUACAGCUACCCCCAAAGGACCUACAAAAAGGACAAAAGCAGCACCAAACGCGACCACCGUUUCGGGAAAGAAGGCCCCCAUGAACCCCAAGCGCCCCGCCGAAUCCGACGACAACGAGUCCAGCAACGAAGCCGCCGCCAUCUUACCGCCUAAACCCAAGCGCCAAAAGAAAGACCCCGAGACACUCGCCCAAGAAGCCCACGAGAAGCAGGUCAAAGCCGACAAAGCGCUGCACAAACAAAACUGGCAGGACUGGCUCGCCUCCCACUCCGUCGAAGGCGAGAUGCUUGAAGAAGAGCCCGACAAGGAAGAAAGUAUCACGCAAACCGACGCGCUGAAGAAGUACGGGCUCAAGAAAGAGGAACUGACGUCCCUGCUGCGGUACGAGAAGAAGAACCCGUUGUAUGGGGGCACGAUGAAAUUGUUCCUAAGGGACAAUGUGAAGGAGUUGGGCUUCAGGAAGAUGGGGAUUCUGGAGGGUAUGGAGGGGGGUGAUGAUGAGGUUUUGAGGAGGGGGGAGGAGAUUUGGGAAGCAGAGCAUAAAGACGAUCCUGAGUCUGAGGACGACGCGAAACCAACAAAGUCGAAGAAGGACGACAAGUCCACGCCGACGAAAGAGAAGAAUGCCCCAGCCAAACCCGAGAAAUCGAAGAAGGAAGCACCAGCUAAAUCCACCAAACCCGCUAAAGAAAAAACACCCAAGCAAAAUUGGUCAGCAUACAUAUCCGCACACACCCCCACCGCCGACUCAAACCUCACCGAAGAGCCAUCCGACGUCAUCAAUCAAACAGAGUGCAAGAACAAGUACAGUCUCACAUCUCAGGACCUAGCUUGUCUGCCGUUCUUCCCUAAGAAGAACCCAGUGUACGGGAAAAUCAUGAAGUUAUUCAAAGAGAGCGAAGCGAAGAAGUUGGCGUAUGUGAAGACUGCUGUUCUAGCUGGUGUGGAGGACGAUGGUGAGGAUGAAGGGGCGUUGGUGAAGGAGGGGAGGAAGAUUUUUGAGGAGCAGCGAGAGGGGGAGGAGGGUGAGGAAGAGUAG